GUAGAAGAAAGUAUGGGGUGUGAAUUGAACGAUUAUAAAGACUUCAUCAGUCGUCAGAUGAUGGUUAUAAUGGGUCAAAUGGACAAGGCAUCACAAAUUUUUCCGUAUCUUUAUCUAGGAACUGAAUGGAAUGCAUGUGAUUGGCAAUGGCUACAAAGUGUGGGGAUUGAAUAUAUUGUUAACGUUACGACUGAAGUGGAGAAUUUUUUUCCGGCUCGUUUGAAAUACUUGAAAAUUCGUGUUUGUGAUAAAGCGAGCAGUGAGCUGCUGAAAUAUUGGAAUCAAACGAAUCAGUUCAUCAAAGAAGCAAAGUAA